AUGGUGACUCUUGCUAUUUAUCUGCUGGUCAUCUUGGCUCGUGCUCUUGCAGGGCCUUGCACCCCAAAUAAAGCAGAUGUAAUUCUGGUAUACUGCUAUCCUAAAACCAUCAUUACCAGAAUUCCAGAGUGUCCUUAUGGAUGGGAGGUUAAUCAGCUAGCACUUGGAGGCAUUUGCUACAAUGGGAUCCACGAUUCAGGAUAUUACCAAUUUACCAUCCCAGACCUGUCACCUAAAAACAAAUCAUACUGUGGGACACAGUCAGAGUUCAAGAAUCCCCUGUAUCACUUCUAUAACUCCAUCGUCUCCAAUGACUCCUCAGUGAUUGUGAAGAGCCAGCCUGUGAAUUACUCAUUCACCUGCACAUACAAUGCCAACUACCUGGUGAACCAGGCUGCCUUUGAUCAAAGGGUGGCCACUGUCCAUGUGAAGAACGGGAGCUCCGGCUCAUUUGAAAGCCAGCUGUCCCUCAACUUCUACUCUAAUGCCAAGUUCUCAAGUAUAAAGGAAGCCCCCUUUGUUGUUGAAACAUCAGAAAUUGGUUCUGACAUAUUUGCUGGAGUGGAAGCCAAGGGCUUAAGUGACAGGUUUAAGGUUGUUCUCAACAACUGCUGGGCAACUCCCUCCUCAGAGUAUUUCUACCAGAUCCACUGGCCUUUGAUCACCAAGGGCUGUGCCGCGGACUACUCCAUCCUCGUGCACGAGAACGGGAAAACGAACCGGGCCACGUUCCAGUUCAACGCCUUCCGCUUCCGCAACAUCCCCAAGCUGUCCAAGGUGUGGCUGCACUGCGAGACGCACGUCUGCGACAGCGAGAAGUUCUCCUGCCCCGUGACAUGCGACAAGCGCCAGCAGCGCGCGGAGCAGAGCGGCGGCGUUCUGGUGGCGGAGAUCACCGUGCGCAGCAAAGGUUUAUCCAGAUUUUACACUCUCUCAGAUAUCAUCUUCCACCUACUCUUUGUGAUUGGAUUUUGUGCUGUUUUAUUAUAA